AUGUCCGCUCCUUCAGCCCAGGUACCGGCUCCAGUGUUGACCGCUUCUCAAGCCCGUCUAGCGGCUCUGAACCGACUGAAAGCCAAAAACAAGCUUACAAGCAAUCACAAUAGCAAUAACAAUAAUAACAAUAACGCCAGUGGAUCAUCAUCGGCAUUGACAAAUCGAGAUGCGUCACAUUCCUAUGUACACAAGCCAAACGGAAAUGUACCUUCUACAGCUAGGAAUAUGGUUCAGCAACAACAACAAAGUAAAGAUGAUCAAAAUGCCCCUUUGAGGAGAGAUCCCGGUCUAGGAAAAUACUUUGAAUACGAUCUGAGUAAAUUACAUAAUUCAAGAGGUGGUUUCUUGACUGAAGAAGAUAAAGAUGGAGGAGAUAGAAUUAAGAGUGUGGUUGAAUUAGCCAGAGAGAAGGAAAGGGAAAAGAAAUUAAUGAGAGAAGGUGAAGAGCCUGCUAUCGUCAUUGAUAAAUCACCUAGAUGCGUUGAAUGUGGGACAUUAGAGAUCAAUAAUCAGUUUUUGAAAGUUUUCGACAUUAGAGUGUGUAAAAAUUGUGAAAAGAAAAUUCCAGAGAAAUAUUCUUUGUUGACGAAAACGGAAUGUAAGGAGGAUUACCUUCUCACAGAUCCAGAAUUGAAAGAUGAAGAUCUACUACCACAUUUACUGAGACCUAAUCCUCACGCAUCAACAUAUAGUAAUAUGAUGUUGUUCUUGAGACUACAGGUGGAGAAAGUAGCUUGGGAUAAAUGGGAUGGCGAAGAUGGUUUAGAUAAAGAAUGGGCAAGGAGAGAAGAAUUCAAGAAGCGAAAAAGGGAAGAAAAGUUCGAACAAGGUUUGAGAGACCUACGGAAAAGAACGAGAAAUAAUCUGUAUCAACGUCGUCAAGAAUCUGAACAUGUUCAUCAAUUCGAGGAUGUUGAUGAAUUAGUAAACGAUCAAGGUGAUAAAAAGGUCUUACAAAGAUGUUAUGGGUGUGGACAAGAACAAGAGAUCGAAGUUUUAUAG